AUGAGUAACCCUAAGACUAUGAAGGCAGUCGUAUUCGACGGUCCACACCAAGUUGCCGUCCGUGAUCGUCCAGUCCCUCGAGUGCAAGACAGUAGGGACGUUGUUCUAAAAGUACAUGCCACUGCGUUGUGCGGCUCAGAGCUACACGUUUACCGCGGGCAUCAGAAGUCAGACAGUGGGUUCAUCAUGGGCCACGAGUUCACCGGUACCGUGACUGAGGUCGGAUCCGAUGUGCGUACGCUUGAUGUUGGUGACAAGGUAGUAGCUCCUUUCACAGUAUCAUGUGGGAAUUGUUUCUAUUGCCAAAGAGGCUUCACAGCCCGCUGUGACCACAGUUUACUUUUUGGCUCUGUCGGACUAGAUGGGGGCCAGGCCGAGUUCGUGCGAGUGCCGCACGCAGACAGCACUUGUUUUAAAGCGCCAGGAACUAUAUCCGACCUAGCUUUGCUCCUGAUGGCUGAUAUCUUCCCUACGGGAUAUUUUGGAGUAAAGAAUGCAGUAGAGCUGUCUCCAACCAUAGACGUAACGCAGUCUACCAUUGUCGUCGUCGGUUGUGGUCCCGUUGGUCUCUGCGCCAUAGCAUGUGCGUCGCACCUUCAACCUCGUCACCUAUUCGCAGUAGACGGGGUUCAAAGUCGACUGGAAGUCGCUGAACGGCUGGGUGGCAAACCACUGAACUUCAAGGAAGAUGCAGAGGGGAUGCGACAGCGUGUCAUGGAAGCAACAGACGGCCGUGGAGCAGACAUGAUUGUUGAGGCAGUAGGUCACAGUGCGGCCUUGAGGACUGCAUUCGACCUCGUGCGCCCAUUUGGGGUCAUAAGCAGCAUAGGAGUCCACAAUGCGGAGAUCCCUUGGUCCGGAAAUGAGGCAUACGGAAAAAAUGUUCGCCUCCAGAUGGGCCGGUGCCCGGUUCGUCAUGUUUUCCCAGAAGCCCUGAAAGUCUUGGAGCAGAAGCAGCACCAAUUGGAGUUCAUGUUCGAUCACGUCAUGUCGCUGGCCGAUGCUGUGGAAGGAUACGACCUAUUUGAUAAGAUGAAGGUCCAGAAGGUAAUUUUUCGCCCAUAG